AUGUCCUAUGACCUUAACAUACCAUGGCCUUGUAACAACUAUAACACAACACCCAAUGCACAACAAUGGACAGAUUUGAAAAACACAAUUAUAACCAAUUUACAAUUAGGUGUUACUCAUCAAGCCAUCAACUUUUCCAUUGACGAAUCAAUCAAGAUUCCGUUCAAUACACCUGAUAAAAUCAACCCUAUAUCAGUAACAUCCAUUCUUGAUGAAUUAAAACCGAAAUUUCCCACGUUGAAAUUAUUCACACGUGUCACACUCAUUGUCACUGAUUCUUCCAAACUACAAGGUGUUGCUAAAUUACAAAAUCAUUUUGAUUUAUUUGCCAUUCAACCAACCACUGAAAAGGCUUUACAGUUGACGAUACUAAACAUUGAGUGUGAUUUGAUCAGCUUGAACUUGGCUAAUAGGCUACCGUUUUUCUUAAAAUUUAAAGCCAUUGGAACUGGUGUGGCUAAAGGAAUCAAAUUUGAAAUCAACUAUAGUCAAUUAAUAACGGGUUCUCUGGGGUAUUCAUCCGACGUGAGUGUCAAUUUAAUCAAAAAAAAUUGGUUUAAUAAUGUACUACAACUAAUAAGAAGCUCACGAUCUAGAGGAUUGGUUGUUUCCAGUGGUGCCCAGAACCCACUUCAGGUGCGUAAUGCUAAUGAUAUUUUGAUAUUGUUAAAGACACUAGGAUUAGAUUCGAGUAAGGCCAGGAGUUGUAUACUGUUGAACCCAGAAAAAGCUUUACUUAGUGCCAGAUUGAGAAUCAAGUCGUACAAACAGGUGAUUAGUAUAGGCAAUGAGAGUUUGAUUGGUAACACGAAUGAGGACCUUGAUAAAAAACACAACGCUACAGGAUACAAACGGAAAUUCAGUGAUACCAUGACGGGACUGUUGUUGAAAAAAUACAAAAGUGGUUACUCGUAA